GGGCUCGGCGGAUUUCGACAGCGACGAGGACUGCGGCCCGCCGAUGGGUCACAGGUGGGGCGACGCCCACCUCUCCAGUUUCGGCGAGCCGAAGCAGGUCAACGAGCACGCGCUCUCGCCGGAGGCGCUGCAAGCCAACGGAUCCCGCGCGCUCCACGUGAUGGCCGCGACCGCCGCCCCAGGGGCUGGCAAGUCGCCAGGCGACUCCAUGGGCGUAGGCAAAUCCAACGUUGUCACCAGCGGGCCAGAGUGCUCUGUGAACGUCGAGAAGGCCGCGUGCGAGCGCAAGCAGCAAGACGACCCGGGGCACGAGGCGAAGGAGGUCAGCGAGUCCAUCAAGGGCGAGGUAUAG